AUGGGUUGUGCAAGUAGUUCUCCGUUAAUCAACGGUGGUGGUCCCGGCGGUGUCAUCGAGACAGCCAAAGAAGCGGCCAGCAAAACCGCAAACGAUGUGCUCCAUGCCGGUGAAGCGGCGAUCAAUGAUGUCGGUGAACACGUGAAGGAAGCGGUGCAUAACGUUACGCAUGAACUCGAGAACGUGCUCGGUGGCAAAAAGGACAAAUCCGAUCACGUCAACGAAGACGACCAGCCCGCAGCUAACGGGCACGAUGAUCCGGACAAUCCAGACUAUCAGAUCAUUCGCCUGAAGGGCUCCAAGCAGAACAGUGUGGAGGAGACGGAGAUGAUGGAAAACAUGAAAAAUGAUCUGCUCACCAAGGCGCAAAGCUUCGGCGACGACACGGACCGGAUGGCGGACGAUCUGAUGAAGGAAACCGAGGAUCUGUUGCGGGACGCCGAGACCGGCAUCGCUCACCACGAGAUGACAACACGGAUCACCUCCUCCGAGGACGGUACGAUCGAGAUCCUUAACCUGGAAGGUAACGCGCCCAACUCUCCGAACCAUUCGAUUGACAGUUUAAAAACUACUUCACCAGAGCCCGAGAUCGAACGGAUACUGGCCGGCGCUGGGGCAGACGAUGGUGCCACACCCGACUCUCCCAAGGCAACGCUCAACACACUGUCUGUUCCCGCCAUCAAGGACAACGCGAUGCCGAUGGACACAAUGCCACAAACUACGGACAAGCCGGACGUGUGA